AUGUCAAUGAAAGGUAUGUACGAAUUUGUUCAUUUGGAACAUUUGAGAAUUCCGAUUGAUCGAGUUCGUCCUCAUUCAUCUACAACAACAAAUUGUACGGCAUCGGUAAUAAACAGCACGAUCAAGACAUGUGAUGUAUCUUCGCGUGCUUUCGGCAAAAUUUCUGUAGCACAAUCUUCUGCCUUGGAAAAUCUUGUCAAUGAAGCUGAUAUCAGUGGAAUUGCAGUGAAAAAUCAAAUAUUUGCUCAAUGCACAUCUCUUAAUGGUAUGACUGGUGAUGUCAAUGAUGGUAUAUUGGGUCUUGCAUAUCCACGUUUAACAAGAGGUGGCGAGAAGCCAGUUUUUUAUAAUAUGUGGUCGCAAGUUAGUAGUGCAGAAAUUGAUUGUACUAUCUAUGACAAUGAUAUUGAUGCUAUCAGCAUGAAUCCAUUUUAUGCUCGGCGUAGUGGGCCGUCGGGUUUUAAUGCUGUUACAUACACGAGGUACACUAAUCGGGGUUCUACACCGACAGUUAUAGAAUUUAAUAUAUUUAAUGAUGUUAAUCCAUCUUCAAGUAUAUAUUGUUUGAAAGAUUUACAAAAACUUCAAUUAAUAAAUACAAAUUUAACAAUAUUGCCUGAUAUAAAAAAUUUUCAAAAUUUAACAUCAUUAGUAAUACAAACAGAUUAUGGUAGUAUUGAUCAACAUUUGCCAUCUGGAUUUGGACAAUUAAUAUCUUUAUUAAAUUUAAAAUUAUCUAAUAUUAAAAAUCUUGAAGAUUUACCUGAUGAAAUUAAAUAUUUAAUUCAAUUACAAUCAUUAACAUUAGAAAAUAUUCCAAGUUUUAAUAAAAUACCUGAUGAAAGUAUUGGUAAAUUAACAAAACUAAAUACAUUAAAUUUAAUUGAUUUACCAAAUUUAUCAAAUUUACCAUCAACAAUGAUUAAUUUUGAAUUAUUACAACAAUUAGAAAUAACUAAAACAAAUAUUACUAAUAUACAAUUAGAUACUUUAACAAGUUUAAAUAGUUUAAAAAUAACAUCUAAUUUAAUGUUACAAACAGUUCAAAUACGAAAUUUACCUUUAUUACAAUCAUUAGCAAUAUCACCAAAUAAAAAAUUAAUUUCUUUAGAUAUUGAAAAUCUACCAUCUAUUACAACAAUAUCAAUAGCAGAUAAUACACAAUUACAAAAUGUUUCAUUUAUUAAUCUACCAUCUAUUACAACAAUAUCAAUAAUAGAUAGUACACAAUUACAAAAUGUUUCAUUUAUUAAUGUACCAUCAAUAAAAAAUCUUGACUUGUCGAGAUGUCAAUUAACAAUAUUUCCUGAAAGUAUUUUAACAUUAAAAUCUUUAGUGACAUUAGUUAUGACAUCAAAUCAAUUAUCAACGAUACCAUUAACAUUAUCAAGUGAUUUACCUAAUUUACAAGUUCUUAAUUUGGCGAAUAAUAAACUUCAAGGAAAUAUUUUUCAACCAACACUUGUCUAUAUUCGUGAACUUUAUCUUCGUAAUAAUUCAUUAACAUGCAUGGAUGGUAUUGGAAAACAUAAAUCUUUACAACGAUUAGAUUUAGAUUCUAAUCAGAUUUCAUCAAUUCCACUUGAAAUCAUGAAACUAUCAUCGACAUUAAAGCAAAUAACAAUGAAUAAUAAUCUAUUGAAUCAUAUUCCAUACCAAAUGACAAAUAUGGGAUCAUUAGAAAGUUUCUCUGUUGGUCGGAAUAAUUUUACCUCUGGAGAACGCGAAUAUCUCAUUAAGUUAUUCAGUUCAUCACCUGUAAAACUUUAUUUUUCAAAUUAA